UAUAGUCUAAUUGUAUUGCCUAGGGGCAAUAUGUAAAAUAAAUGAUGAAACAAAACAAAAGAUAUAAUAAUUAAGAGUCUUAUUGACUCGCCUUCGUCGGAUUUUUUUUUGUGAAAUGCGAAAAAUCGAGAUAUUAGCUGUCCAGUUUUAAAGUGCGAGAAAAAAUUGCAAAAAUAUUGUGUCUGAAGAGAUUAAGUGCAAGAAUUAAAGUCAGAGUUACGAGUAAUUCGUUGUUUUUUAUCAGCUAUGCGUGACUGGAUUAUUUAGAAUGGGAUGUACCUAUACGAACUUUAACAGACAUGAGACCUGUUGUGAGGCAAUGUACCUUUUCAUUGAAAAACGUACAACUAAUUCUUGUACAUAUUUUACACAUAGGAAAACAUAACAAAAAGAUCAGCAUAUUGACUGUGAUUAGCUUUCUGUUAAUUUGCUAUAUAAUGAAAUUAGCAAUUAUUAAAACUGUGAGGGUGAACGUCCAUAAGAGAACCACGUCUUUUUCUUCCACCACGAGGAUUACGUGCAGCAGCGAUAUGAUCAAAGAGAAUUCGUCGGUUUCAAGACAGGACUGGGAUUUCAGAUUAUUCAAACGCCCAACAUUUCUGAAGAAUUUCAAAAAUCCUUGCUUCUUCCAAAACGUAACAAUGCGAGUUGACGGAUCACCUACUUUGAAUGGACAAUUAAGGUUGAGGUGUCUACCUUAUUUCCUAAUAGCUGGUUUUCCCAAAAGUGGCACAACAGAUCUAUGGGUUCGAUUACUGAACCACCCGGAGAUCAAACUUCGACAUCCAAAGGAACCGAGAUUCUUCAAUUUUGGGCGUUACAGAGAAGGCUCAUAUGCAAAUGCUGCUGCAAAGUAUAUAUCACUUUUUGAUAAAGCGUCAACAGAAUUACACCGACUAGUUGCCCCUGUAGAAUGCAAGGACCACCCGUUCCCUUUUUACCACGGAAUUACAGGAGAAGGCACAGUCGACACAGUGUUUGACAACAAUUUCUGGCAACAUGUACCUGGUAACGAACAUUGCAUGGAACCAAUCAUAACAAACGCAGAUUAUGCUUAUCAUAUAAACCCAAAUAUGAAAAUUAUUUUCAUGGUCAGAAAUCCAGUUGAAAGAUUAUAUUCCGACUAUAUUUAUGAAGCAAGGUAUAUACGUUAUCCAUUGAGUAGCCAGUUGUUUCAUGAGGCAGUCAUCGAUGCUAUAAAAAAUCAUACAGAUUGUAGAAAAUAUACAACAAUUCGGGCAUGUGCAUAUAACGGAACCAUUGAAACGUUCAAAAUACGACUGCGUGUUGGAAUGUACAGUGUUUUUAUAAAGGACUGGCUACAAGUGUUUCAACCAGAAAACAUCUUAGUUGUCAAGGCAGAGGAUACAUUCGGGCCAAAAAAGUACAGAACGUACAGAAGAAUCUUUGAGUUUCUCAAUAUAAGACCAUUUACAAAAUUAGAAGAGGUUAAUAUAUUUCAUCGAGGUGCAGUCAAUACAAGAAGUUCAAGGGAAAAAAGAAUCGGCGAUAUGUUACCAGAGACUCGGAAACUUAUAGAACAAUUUUAUGAACCUUUUAACAAAGAACUAGUUAAAAUGUUUCCAGAUAUUGACUACACCAAUGUGUGAUAUAUAUAAUUAUUAUAUAGAUAUAUAUUGUAGUGCCAAACUUACAAAAUAUCAUGAAGUAUGCGUCUAGGGACAUGCAUGUUAUUUUGAUGCAAUUAUCUAAAUUUUAUACAAGCUACAACAGUUACUGCCAUUUGAAUGUCUCUUUUAAAUCAAUUUGGUAUUUGUUCAUUUCAUGUAAAUAUCUUUUUGUUUCAAAGGUAAAAUAGCUAGUAAUAUUUAUUCUGAAAUGCAGACCUGGAUUUAUUUAACUUAUAAAAGAACAAAUAAUACGUACAUGAAAUACAAUUUUCAUUCGCAUAACUUGCAAAAUAACGAUGAUCUUGGUAUCAAUUUCAAAAGUUUAUUUGAAAUGACUAAAAUGCUGGUCCACUGCAUAUAAUGACAUAACAUAAUUUGGCUAGUUUAAUCCAUUAUUUUACAAACUAUAUGUAUGUCAUUUCGACUUACAAAGCAGUCAGUAGUUUAGUUGUUUAUUUUCAGUACAAAACACUAUUUUGGCUUUAUCUAAACAAGUUUAUACAAGUGGAUAAAAUACAAAUCAAGUUUUAUGUUGUCCGUAGCCUACAAAAUAGUUAGUAGUAUAUAUGUUUUAAAGAUAUAUAUUUUUUUUCUCGCCUAAAAGUAACAAUUAGGUCACAUUGCUUGAUAUAUAAAAUUUAUUUGGCUAAUAAUCAAACAUUUACAGUACACUUCACUUAUAGCGAACACGGUUAUAGCGAACUUCCGGUUAUAGGGAACAAUUUAUUUUGGCCCGAAUUUUGGCCUUCUUUAUUUAAUAUAAAAAUAUAUGGUUAUAGCGAACACGGUUAUAAGGAAUUAUCGCUUAUAAGGAACUCAUUUCUUAGUCCCAAUUUAGUUAAAAGUACAGAAAAUUACACUUUUAUAACGAACUCCAAAAUAUUAGCUAUGCGUAAAUAGAUCGCACGGCGAAUAUACCGUUUAUCGUUGUAUGUACUUCAAUACAUCUAUUCAAAUGAAUUUGUAUAGUUUUCUAUUUUGGAUAUUUUUAGCAUGAGCUGUUUUCACCAAGAUAAAACGGUUAUUUAUUUAUCUUCUUCAAUAGUUUUGCUCGAGUAAAAUAAUUAUAAUAAUUUAUAAUCGGUUUUCAACAUAAUCACACAUGCUUGCAAGCAUGAUCCAUUGCAAACUGCAAAGUACGCUUGAUUUAAAUGAAAAGAAAUCUAUAUCUUACAUUAGUAAAAGUCACCCUUAAAUUAUAAGAGAAGAUAUUCAAUAUAAAAGGAAGGAAAAAUCGAAAAUCUUGUUUAUUCUCAAUCAUGGAAAGAAAACGAAAAUAGUUUAGAAACAAAAUAUUAUAUUUUAUGUGAAAUUGAGAUAAGGAGUAAAACUAAAACUGAAAUAGCAAUGAUUUUCGAAUUCCAAAAAGUACGCUCUCCGGUAGUGUGUCUAAAAUAUAAAUAUAUGACUAAUAUUUCUAUUUCUUAAUCAAAUUCUCUUCAAAAAUGGCGGACAAUGGUAAGCAAUCAGUUCGUUAUAUGUAAAUCUGUUCGCUAUAAAAACUCCUGAUACAACGAACUAAUUCGCUAUAUGCUUACAAGGAACUCCGGAUAUAAGGAACAGGUAGUGAGUUCGUUAUAAGCGGAGUUUACAAGAAUGACAAAAAUACUAUUUUGGUUACUUUACAAAAUAACAAGUAAGUUGUACUCGUACAUUUUUUUUUGUCAAAUGUGAUUUUAAAAUUUUGUCUUGCACGUUAUAGUGCAAUUUAUUAUUAUACAAGAUAAAUAGCGUAUUUAUCUUCAAACAGGGUCGAAUAUAUAGUAUCUAUAGAUGAUUGUCAUAUAUUAUGAUAAAUUGAUACCGGUUUGUAACAAAUAAAUCUUAUAACAAUAUUUAACGAUUGUGAUA